GUACCACAUUCCAUGGCGUGCGGCUCAGUCUACCGGUGACUUGCGAUGAAGCGGAACCACCUUCUUGGAGUGUCUUGUUCGCGAGGAAGAUACCAAUAUCGGAAGUGACGAGAUUUAUUGGCUUUACGCGAUUGAAUCAAACGUUAAUCAAUCAACCCGUCCGUAGCCCGGGGGGUUGUGUUUAUGUUGACACAACCGUGCGGACAAACAGACGAUAGUGGAAAGAAAGGACUCUCGUGCCUUCGGGUCUGGUGGCAACGACAGGAUAAAAAAGUCACUAAUUGUGGUUGCUGGGCAAGCGGGCUAGUUGGGCCUUCGUGGCACCAUUCAACCAUCCAGUUGGUGUGUUUUGUGUGGCGAUUAGUUCUUUUUCAUCCGGUGUAGCGGGAACCUUUCAUGAUGUAGGAUGAUGCUUCAUCACCACUUACAGAAGUGAUUUAUCAACGGCACAAAAACGUAUCGAGCCACAUCGUUAUAUGAAGUGUGAAAGUGUAUGCAGAUUGUACGGCGGUUGAGUGGAGUAAUCCGUUAGACAUGGUCAGGCUUGAUCAGAACCAUUUUAGAUGAUUUUCGGUAAAAAGGGAAAAUAGUGUAUCUAAACAGGUUUCCACGAUCGGAAUUUACGAACAUUCCUGGUUUUUGUAUGGUCUGUGAUAACGGAUCGAACGCUUAAGUAGAAGGAGCUAAAAAAGCGAAGAGGAUACAAAUUGAAAAAUGCUUUCCAUUCUGUGGAUUACAACGACGCUGCUGACUGCGAGUUUUUGUGAUUCUCAGCAGCCGACAGCAGUUUCCCUUCCGAAGCCCGUCUGUGGUCAGGUAACGCUGAUGAUGGAUAACUGCUUCCACAACACCACCCCCCAGGUGUCCACCGAUAUCCUGUACUCGGUGAAAAUUCCGGAAACGGUUGAGGAAAUCGACAGCCGAUGCCGGGUUUUCUAUCGGGGCAUGGAUUGCAUCCAGAGCUACCUGAAUGCCUGCGUCGAAGGCAAGGACCGGCGAAUCAUCGAGAACGAGGUGUUCGGGGCGCAGAAGAUGUACGAUCAUCUCUGCAGGGACAAGUCCUUCCAGAACGAGUUUUUCAAACAUAAGGGUUGCUUUCGCCACGUGCACAGCGAUUGGGAUUCGUGCUCUCGCAAGUUCACCAACAUUCUGAAGGAGGAAAUGACCAGAACGACGCAACAGAGCUUCAAUGUGCAGUAUAUGCAUUUUUGUUGCGCCCGUUACGGUUACGAAAACUGUGUCUUCACCAGUGCCAAGUACAAGUGCAAGCCCGAGUCGGCCGUCUUUCUGCGGAAGAUUGCCAAACUGCUUUCCACGGAUCGGCACUUUCUCAACUGUGAUAAAAUCGAAAGCGAGAUCUGCUCGGGUGGUGGCCGGAGGAUUCACACUUCCCCGGUGCAGAUGGCCACUCUGGAACUGGUGCUUGCUGCGAUGGUGCUCCUGACGACUGCCCAGCUGGUGACGGCAUGGCGAUAAAAGGGUGCUGAUGGAAGUGAGCUCGGUUUUCAAAGUGUGACGACGGUUGAAAAUUCGCGAUCCGGUUUUGAGAUAUUUUUUGGUCUCGCUUAGGUAAGUGCUGAUAUAGGUUAAUGUGAUCGAAAUGUAUAUUGGAAAAUAUAUUUAAUUGAUGUUGCUGAUGCACGAAAACGAAUUGUAAAGAAAGAAUAGUAACUUCACAUGCUGAAUGACAUUGUUGCGAAACGGGGAAUGCCUGGAAGGUUUGUGUUUAGGAUAAGGAAUAUUGACGGAUUUUGUCUAAGCUGCUUGUCAGAUAUUGGCGGCAUUUUUGAAAGUCAGUAGAAAUUCUUCGGAUAUUAAAACCCUGAUUAGUUAGGCAACUUAAGUUUUAACAAGUGAUGGAGCAGGUACUAACUCGUUCUGUGACGAUUGAAGCAUUCUACUAAAAAGCCCUGAAUUAAUUUUCUAUGAACUUAACUUUGUGUUUUCGUUAGUCUUAGUUCACCUCAUGUGCUGUAUUUUGUUAUUCUGGAUAAUAAUGAACUAAAUGCCACCUAAUUCCAUGCUUUUAUUUUAUGUUUCCUCAAACCUAUCAUGUUGGAAUGGUAUAUUGUUUAUAAAGCAGGUUACUUAAAUUAUUGAUGUUCACCGCAUUCUAAAACUGUUAUGUGUUUCUAAUGACUUUGACCUAAUGCUUUUAGUAACUAGUAACUCAUCCUAGAUUUUGUAAGGGCGAUGCCAAAGUCGUAGAUUAACGGACUCAAAUUCCGUCUGAAAAUAAAAACGAGUUUGACCGUAUAAUGCCUAAAUUAGGAUCUAGCCUCGUGCAUAAUUUGAUUGUUAUUUAUGGCCCGCUAAAUGCAUUGUACAAUAAAAUCUUCAUGGUAGAAGUUAACUGUUAGUAAUAGAUGAAUUAAUCAUUUCCGAUGAAGGAUAUGAAUUCGAGAAAUAGUGUUUUACUGCAUAAGAACGAACAAUAUAUAGGAAGAAGUUCAAAGACCAUUUUUAUCUUCUAGCAAGAUAUUUGUCUCCGUCUGUCAAUUUCUAAAGCAUUGUUGAUUUAUCCAUUUGUGAACCAAUGCAUAGAAAAGCAUUUAAUUGAAGUU